AUGCGUGAGGUCAACAAGGCCUUUGCGUUACCGGACCCUCCCUCCUGGCAUGAAUCAAUAGCCAAAGGCGCCAAAAAGGCUGUCACAGGGUUCAAAGGAGUGUUCAUGCCACAUGACCAAGAACCUGUUCGGCAACCGACUCUUGAAGCUCAGAGACCUUCCUCAUCUGAGGACCGUCACCCAUGGACUAUGGUGCAUGGAUUUUACGCGUUAAUGGGUGGAAUAGCCUUUGAGAUUCCAGGAAACCUUCCCGAAUCCCAGAGAUUCUUACCUUCCCAAAACAGUGAGACUUGGUUUGUUGGUUACUAUGGAAUAUGUCGGUUACCAGAGCGUGAGACCGGCCGCGACGUAAUCCCGAACCUUUCAAAGGAAGAGAUAGAAUCGAAAAGCAAAGCCAAUGGACUCGCGAAGGCUCUUGUCUGCAUCCAGGCCUCAUGGUUCAUUGCACAAUGCGUGACGCGUCUCGUACAACGCAUCCCGAUUAGUUUGCUGGAGCUCAACACGUUUGGUCACGCGAUCUGUGCGCUGCUGAUAUACUUUCUUUGGUGGGAAAAGCCUUUCGAAGUAGACUAUCCUACGAUGACCCAGGGUCAAAUCCUUUGGGAUAUUCGCUCUUUGAUCUGGAUGGAGAGCAAUCGAUCAUCUGCUGCCGAGUCAUUCCGUCGUGAUCUUAGGGAUUAUCUAAAAAGUGACCAAUGGUUCCAGACACUCUCAGAGGAAGACAAGCGACUGCUUUUGCCGUACGAAGAAACGGAUGCUAGUCUCGUCGAUUCUUCCCAGGACAUUCGCAAUAACGAAACACGUUUAGAGCAAGAAACAGGGCAUGAAGGAGACAACGAAACCGGCUUGACUAUCUUGAAGCCCGGUCAAACUCUACAGGGGACAGGUUUCAAGGCGCCAAACCUUGAAAGCAUUGUCGAUCGAAUCGAUAAAACGUCUACUAGAAAUUUUACAGAGUCUUUCAGCAAUCACACCGGAUCACAUCUACCUCUUCCGAACAUUAGGCUCACAACUCAAGACGUCAACCGUUGGAAAAUGGCCUGGCGCGCUUAUCAGACUGAAUUUUAUUCUUCUUUGACAGUUCGGCGAUGCAAAAACUGGCCCGACACAGAUCGAUUGGCAGAAAUUCCAAUAGCCCUCGGUUUCAGUGCGGCAGCAUUGAUAUACGGUGGACUCCACGCAUUGGCAUGGUUCGCACACUUCGAUUCAUCUACUGAGCAACUGUUGUGGCGGAUCUCCGCUUGCAUAGUGAUGGGCGGGACUCCUGUCCUCUUCGUUGUAUACACCUCUUCAGUUCUACUUAACGAGUUUGCGUUAAGAUCUAUAUCUGAGCUUCCUGAGUACAUGGAAAGCGUUAUCUUCUUUUCUCUAUUUGUUCUUCUUAUCUUGAUACUUGUGGCAUACACAUUAGCACGAGCCUACCUGGUGGUCGAAUGCUUCAUCAACCUCUCACAUCUCUCGGCCGGGGUCUACGAUGUUCCAAAUUGGUCCACGUACUUCCCUCACAUCUCUUAG